AUGUUCGACGCUGGCGGCGAGGCUACGAGGAGCGAGGCUGACAUGGUGACGCUAGUGGACACGCUCCAACGCCUCGGCAUCGACAACCACUUCCGCCAGGAGCAAGAGUAUAUAACACACAAGUACGCUACCUUGACAGAUGUAUUCGACAGAUUCAGAGAUGAAAGGACCGGCAGUUUCAUUGAAAGUCUGGCCAGUGAUCCGAGGGGCUUUCUGAGCCUAUACAACGCGGCUCACAUGGCAACACCUGGCGAGCAGGCCCUCGACGAAGCCAUCUCCUUCUCCAGGCGUCACCUUGCGUCCAUGAAAGGCAGGCUCCCGUCGCCACUGGAAGAGCAAGUGUCCCGUGCCCUCGACAUCCCUCUCGCACGCCUGCCAAAGCGGCUGGAGACGAUGCACUACGUCGUAGAGUAUGGCAAAGAAGAGGGGCACGACGCCGUGCUCUUGGAGCUCGCGAGGCUGGACUUUGACUUGCUCAGGUUUCUUCACCUCAGGGAGCUAAAGGACCUGUCAUUGUGGUGGAAGGAUCUCUGUGGCAAUGUGAAACUAAACUACGCCCGAGACCGGCUAGUGGAGAACUACUUCUGGACGUGUGGGGUGUUCCAUGAGGAGGAAUACUCUCGUGCGCGAAUGCUGUUUGCCAAGACAUUUGGGUUGCUGUCCUUGAUGGAUGACACGUACGAUGUGUAUGCUACAUUAGAGGAAUGCCAUAUACUCAACGAUGCUAUACAGAGAUGGGAUGAAACCACUGCUUCCAUUCUUCCAGAGUACAUGAAAAUGUUCUACAUCAAUCUUGUGAGGAACUUUCAAGAGUUUGAGCAUAGUUUGCAGCCAAAUGAGAAGUACCGCGUAUCCUAUGCAAAGCAAGCGUUUAAACUGUCAUCAAAGUACUAUCUGGACGAGGCCAAAUGGUGCAGUGACAUGGCGACCAGGGAGGCGUUCCAGUGGGCGAUCGGCGUCCCGGACGUGGUCACCGCCAGUGGAGAGGUCGCUCGUUUCCUCAACGACAUCGCUUCGUACAAGAAGGGGAAGAACAAGAAGGACGUGGCAAGCUCCGUGGAAUGCUACGCCAAGGAGCAUGGCACGUCAGGGGAGGAGGCGGUGACCGCGAUCGCGGGGAUGGCGGAGCACGCGUGGAGAACAAUUAACCGGUCGUGCAUGGAGAUGGAUAGCGCGCUGUUGCCGGCCGCGCAGCUGGUGGUGAACCUGACCAAGACGCUGGAGGUCAUAUACCUUGGCGGCAGAGAUGCCUACACCUUUGCUGCCGACCUCAAGGAUCUCCUCGUCUCCCUCUUUCUCAACGGCCCUACUGUUUGA